AUGGGAAACGGGAUGUGCUCCCGAAAGCAAAAGCGGAUCUUUCAGACGCUACUGCUGCUGACGGUGGUGUUCGGCUUUCUCUACGGCGCGAUGCUCUACUAUGAGCUGCAGACGCAGCUGCGAAAAGCCGAGGCGGUGGCGCUCAAGUACCAGCAGCACCAGGAGUCCCUCUCCGCCCAGUUACAAGUUGUGUAUGAACACAGAUCGAGAUUAGAGAAAUCCCUGCAAAAGGAAAGACUUGAACAUAAGAAGGCAAAGGAAGAUUUCCUUGUUUAUAAGCUGGAAGCACAGGAAACAUUAAAUAAAGGAAGACAAGAUUCCAAUAGCAGAUACAGUGCAUUGAAUGUCCAACAUCAGAUGUUGAAAAGUCAACAUGAGGAGCUAAAGAAACAACAUAGUGACUUGGAAGAGGAGCAUCGCAAACAAGGAGAAGACUUCAGUAGAACGUUUAAUGACCACAAGCAGAAAUACUUGGAGCUUCAACAGGAGAAAGAACAAGAACUUUCUAAGCUAAAAGAAACUGUGUAUAAUUUGAGAGAAGAGAAUAGACAACUAAGGAAAGCUCACCAGGACAUGCAUACACAGCUUCAAGAUGUGAAGCAACAGCAUAAGAAUUUACUCUCCGAGCAUGAACAACUUGUAGUGACUUUGGAAGACCACAAGAGUGCACUGGCUGCUGCGCAGACUCAAGUUGCAGAAUAUAAGCAGUUGAAAGAUACUUUGAAUAGGAUUCCAAGCUUUCGAAAACCUGACCCAGCUGAGGAGCAAAAUGCUACCCUGGUGGCACAUUCUCCACAGGGUUACAGGACAAUAGAGAAAGCAGCCAAAGAGCCACAGGAGGUGUCUCGAAAUAGUAAUGUGGGACAGAAGCAUGCAGCAGUUCCUAGAAAAACAGAAGAAACUAAGCCUUAUCCUCCCACCCAGAAGGGGACAGAAUUUCAGGUUCCAGCAGUGCUGAACCAACAAGGGACGGAACCCAGAGAGCCUGAGGAGCAUCAAGUGGAAGAGGAGCACAGGAAAGCACUUGAAGAGGAGGAAAUGGAGCAGGUGGGGCAAGCAGAACACCUGGAGGAAGAACAUGAUCCCUCGCCAGAGGAGCAGGAUCAGGAUUGGAAGAAGGAACAGCGUGAACAAAAAGAAGAAACCAACCUUCUGGAAGGGCAUGCUCAUGCUGAGAUACAUCCUUCCACCAAGCCUGGUACCAAAUUCCGAUCGCCAUUUGAGGAGCAGUUAGAACAGCAGAGACUGGCGAUGAUGCAGGCCGAGGAGGCCCAGAGGCUCAGAGAACGCCAGGAAGCUUUGCACCAGCAGAGGCUGCAGGGACACCUUCUGUGGCAACGACAGCAGCAGCAGCAGCAACUUCGGGAGAGAGAGCUGGCCCAGGAGAGAGAGCUGGCCCGGCAGAGGCAGGCAGAGCAGCACAAGGAGGACCAGCAGCAGCAGCAGCAGCUCCAGGAGCAGCUAAGCCAACACGCUCACUAUGAUGCUAUGGAUAAUGAUAUUGUUCAGGGAGCAGAGGAUCAGGGGAUCCAAGAAGAAGAAGGAGCCUAUGAAAGAGACAACCAGCACCAAGAUGAAGCAGAAGACACAGAUAAUGGACACGAACCUCAAGAACAAAGGGCCCAAGAAGCUAACCCAGAAUCUCCAGCAGAUAGGGCAGCUGUAGAGGAUAUAAACCCAGCAGACGACCCUAAUAAUCAAGGUGAAGAUGAAUUUGAGGAAGCUGAGCAAGUGAGAGAAGAAAAUCUGCCAGGUGAAAAUGAAGAGCAAAAACAAAGUAAUCAAAAGCAAGAGAAUGCAGAAAUGGAGGAGCAUUUGGUGAUGGCAGGAAAUCCAGACCAGCAGGAAGAUAAUGUUGAUGAACAGUACCAGGAAGAGGGGGAAGAGGAGAUUCAGGAAGAUUUGACUGAAGAGAAAAAAAGGGAAUUGGAUCAUAAUGCUGAAGAGACCUAUGGUGAAAAUGAUGAAAAUGUUGAUGAUAAAAACAAUGAUGGAGAAGAGCAAGAAGUCCGAGAGGACAACCACCCCAAAGGCCAAGAGGAACCCUACGAGGAAGAGGAAGAGGAGGAAGAAGAUGGGGCUGCUGUUGCCGAGAAAUCACAUCGAAGAGCCGAAAUGUAG